AUGGCUGAAUUCGCCAUGACCAGAAGAAGGUUUCACAACUACUUUGCAAAAGAUACGCUAAGACAAAUUUUUAAAAAUGAACAACUCAAUUUUAAAGAGAUUCACAAAAGAGUAUACGUUGGAAGUUCUCCUCUUAACGGAGUUGGUAUUUUUUCAUUUGAUGAAAUAAAAAAAAAUGAAAUCAUUGAAAUAUGCCCGACACUCAAAAUGAAAAAUGAAGAGAUCCCAGAAAAGUUGGUUGAUUAUUUAUUCGAAAGCAAAAAAGAAAACAUUAACACACAAGUAGUUCGAAUUGUCACAAAAAGGAGAGACGCUAUCAAUUAUAAGCUUUUCCCCCUGGGAUAUGGAAUUUUAUAUAAUCAUUCAGAUCCCCCCAAUGCCUUUGUUCAUAUAGUGUCUCUGAGGGAAGAACAGGAGAAAAAGUCUGACCAACCUGACCAGGACGAGAAAAAUGAGACAAUAACGUCUGACCAAAUAAUGAUAUUUCGCGCACAAAGGGAUAUCCAAAAGAACGAAGAAAUUUUCAUUUCGUAUGGACACUCUUGGUGGAAGGUAAUCCACGGAAGAAAUGACUCGCUCGCUGAAGCUAAUCGGAAAAAUUAA